AUGGCUACUCCAAUUAUUGACUCUCAUGUGCAUCUCUGGACAGCCUCGCAGCUGGAUAUGCUAGCAUGGCAUUCACCUUCUAAUCCGCUGGGCUCGCAACAUUCGGUUGAAGAGUACCUUGAUGCUGCAGUAUCGUCUCUGCCAGCCGAGUACUCUCCUAAGGGCUUUAUAUACAUAGAGACAGAUCGAAGAUCAUCGCUUAGACCCCAUGAUUGGACCCAUGUUUUCGAGGAGAUAUCAUUCAUCUCGCGGAUAGCGUGCGGGACUCCGAUCGAAGGAGAAGGACAUGUCUCGUCAGACAAGAGAUUGUGUCUCGCUAUUAUCGCUUGGGCACCUGUUCCGCUAGGACCGGAAGGAUUACAGCUAUAUAUGGCCAAGAUACAGGAAAAGACAAAAAACAAUGGAGGAGAUGUGUGGGGAAAGAUCAAGGGAGUGAGAUAUCUUCUCCAAGAUAAACCAAAUGGCACCAUGCUGGAAAACGGCUUUAUUCAGGGCCUACGAUGGCUUGGGCAACAAGGACUGACAUUUGAUCUCGGAGUCGAUGCUAGGUGGGGUGGACUUCAUCAGCUUGAAGAAACGGUGGAGCUAGCAGGAAGAUUAUAUCAAUACGGCAGCCAGGUGAAGUUGAUACUAAACCAUCUGUGUAAGCCGAACUUACGCAUAUCACCGUCUGAAACUUGUCAUCAAGAAUUCAUCGAUUGGAAAAGGCGGAUUACUUCUCUCUCGGCUUAUUCCUGCAUCUACAUGAAGCUCUCCGGUCUCUUUUCUGAACUGCUGCCUCUGCCUGCAGAGGAGGGGCGAGGCGAUACAUACCAGGUAUCAACUACCGUAAAUGCCAUACAGCCAUGGACAGACGUCAUAUUCGAUACCUUUGGCGCUGCAAGAAUCAUGUUCGGAAGUGAUUGGCCAGUCUGUAAUAUCGGAGGUGGCGGAAACUUAGUUACCUGGACGAGGUGGAUGAGAGUGGUCGAGCUGCUGCUGGAGAAGAGAGGGCUAAGUGAGAGUGAUAAGAAUAAUAUCUGGCAUCUCACUGCUCAGAGGGCAUACAGUAUCUCCCCGUCUUGA